AUAGGAAUAAUAGAAUGCAGUCCUGUCUACACAUAAUAGACAGAUAGAAAAAGCUGGUCCAAUCUAUGACCUCCACUGAUUCACACAGAUAAAUCGCCCAACCUUUUUAAGAACUUAGGUACCAACACUGGAGAAACGAAUCCUGUUGGUUAAUGAGAGGAUUAAAAACUUUGAGAAAGCACCUUUGUCAUCCUCUCCCUGAAGCCUGGACGGACAAACCAAUUGUUAGCGAUAUUAUAUCAAAGUUCAGUCAAACCUUCUCCAAAGCUUGGCUGCUCUACUGGUUCCCCCAUCCCUGAACUGAAAAGCCCACACCAUAAACCACUUUUUCCAAGAGUAUGUCUUUAAUUUCUCUUAUAGUUUCCACAGAUACUAGUUAUUCAGGAGAACUGAAAGAACAAUGUGUUUCAACCAAAAACUACCAACACAUGCAAUGUCUAAUUCUCCCACUUCUAAAAUCUGAGCUGUGGUGUUGUGCCCUUCAGAAGGGCUUGUGAUGUGCUUGGUGACGGACACAACAUAGUGAUACAAGGCCUGAUGCUAAUCUCUUUUUCAGACUUCUAACAAACUGUCCACUGGGAAAUUAAUGAGAUAUGUCUACACCCCAAGUUCAGGUACACCCCAGUUGCUCAAGCAGAACCCUAGCUCUUGAUGUUGUGUUGUCUCUUGGUGGGACAAGACCAGGAUGCUGGAGCUGAGUUGGUACAUCCACACAGCACUGAAUCCCAUACAUUGUAACUUCUGACUUGAGCCUGGGCCUGCUAAUGGGUCUCUGCAUUGUUCCCUGACAUGGUUGCUGGAGAUCACAGAAGGGAAAAGUUGGCAGCACUGUCAAACUCCUCAAGAAUUUUCCCAUAUCUUUAAAAAUGGUAAAUAUGACUCUCCCAAGGAUGGAGGCUGGAUAUGAGGGGGUGGUUCCAGCUGAGGUCUCCCUGCCUUGUCUGAGUGAGUGGUGGGUGUUGCCACCAUUCUCCACUCUCUCAUUUUCUGGCUUGUACUUAUUCAAUUUUGAGCAUACCAAAGGCAAAUUGACAACCCCUUGUGAUGGCUGAAGGAGUGCUUCAAACAGACUGUUUGUCUAGGGCCUUGUCCAGGCAUGAUUCCUCAUCUUUUUACCAUUUGAAAAGCUGCCCUGACACAUCCUGAAGAAAUCUGCAGGAGAAAUGCUGCCUUUGUUUCUGCAAGAAGAUUUGGCCAGGCUCCCACGCACAAGGCCAGAGUUGCAGCAAAGAAAACUGAGCUUAACAGCGCACACUCUUGCAGCUUCUUGCCUUGCUGUCUGCUGUGUGUACCCAGAGUGACAGGAGGACUGGCUGUUUUCUGGAGAAAGGGAGAAGCAAAGUUAGCUAUACUUGUGGGAACUUGUGAUGGCUUCAGCUUGGCAGAAAACUCAGGAAUACUACAACUGGGUCCUUGAAAGCGGAGAUCCAAGGACAGAUCCAUGGCCCCUGGUCUACUCUUCACUUCCAGUCACCCUUUUCUUUGCCUUCUACUUCUUUGUUGUGGCACUGGGGCCGUGCCUCAUGCACAAGCGGCAGCCGCUGAAGCUGAAAGGUCUACUGAUUACCUACAACCUCACUAUGGUGACAUUAUCAAGCUAUAUGUUUUAUGAGUUUCUGGUAACUUCAGUCCUGGACAACUACAGCUACCUGUGCCAGCCAGUGGAUUAUAGCCAAAGCGAACUAGGAAUAAGGGUACAGUUCUGUACAAAGCUUGCCUUAGACCCUGCUCCGUUUCUGGGUUUUCUUUAUUCUGCGCAAGAAACAAGAACAAGUGACUUUCCUGCAUGUAUAUCACCAUGGAACAAUGCUGUUCAACUAGUGGUCAGGGGUCAAAUAUGUGCCUGGGGGACAAGCCUUCUUUAUUGGGAUGUUGAACUCCUUUGUACAUGUCUUCAUGUACACGUAUUAGGCCCUGGCAAGCCUGGGACCACAGAUGCAGCAUUACCUGUGGUGGAAGCGUUGUCUAACCAUCAUGCAGCUGGCAGGGUCAGGUGCCUCCAGCCUGGGAGUAGUGUCCAGGUAACAGGAGAAGCCAGGAACUCACUGGAACUGCAGGAUGCACUCUCCUGUUUGCUGCAUCCCAGCCUUUCCUAUUAAAGAUGCUCCCACCAGGACUAGGGUUUUCAAUAAGGUUUUCACAGAGAUGAAUGCGAGUGAGUCUGUCUCUUAGCACUUUAGCACAAUCCCAUCUGCCUGCAGAUUCAGGAUGUGAACACUGCCCUACGACAUUGAGAACGCAAGCUAGAAACUUGUUUUUCAUCAAUGUAGAAUUUAAAUUCAGCAUCAUCUCUUCCAGGCAUCCAAGAAGGGCUGCUACAGGACAUAACAGAACGUGGCUUCUCUCCCUGUUGUUGAUGAAGGAAUGAUGGGGAUGGGUACAAGGGUGUAUAUGUUCAAAUAUGUGCAGGAACAGCAAGUUAAAUGAAAAACCACAGAGGUGAGGGAGUACGCACAGGUGCUGACACAUUUUGUGUUGUGUUACUGGCUAUAUUAAUGUGCAGAUGAGAGCACAGUUGCGUGUCUGUGAAAGGGAAGUGCUCACUGAGCAGGCUCCAAUGGCGUACACAGUGCUGGCCAUACACGAGAGUUCCUUGGGUGCAAUUUUUUAAUUCUGGACUGGCAUUGCCUCCAGGAAGUCUACGUGGAUGUGUCCAGAGAUGUUUCUUCUUGAAAUGAAUGAUUAUUCAAGGAAGGGUUUGGAGGGACAAUAUCUUGCUUUAGACCAGCUGACAGAGCUGGAAAAACAGACAAAUUUUCCAGCACGCAAGCCCUUCCUUCGGUUAUUAUCCCUGAGAUGCAUUGAUAACAGAUCAGCUGCUAUGGGCUGGGGUGCACGGGUGUUUACUGUCAGAGUUUGCCAUUCCCUAAGGAUAUUAUACUAUAUUUUGAAGGUUUGAUGUAUUACCCUGUUAAAUAACUGCUCUUGUAAAUCAGAUGACCAUUGUUUUCAAAGGGCUGCUCUAGAAAACACACCUGUAAUUUUGCAUCUAGGAAUUACUCAUGUGAGUAAGUGGAUCCUGUUUCCACCUGCACAGCUACAUAACAAGUCAGUGAUUCUAUGCUCAGCUAUCAGAGGGAAAUUACAGAACAUGACCACGUCACUGGGAAAUCCUCACUUAUGAUGAUUUCCCCAUCAAUAUAUAUGCCAUAUAAUUACUUUUUAAAAAUGGCAGUUUUUAAUAUCUUUGGGCAUAUUUCAUACAAAGAGGUAAUAUCUUACAUUAGGUGAAAACCCACUAAUCCCCAUGAAUCUAGGUAAAAUCUCUGAUGCAGCUAUGAGUACUAUUGCAAGGAUUCAGUAAGAAUGUCACUGCAGUGAUGCCAAUUGGAAGGCAAAAUGGUUUUCCACUUAAUUUUAUAUAUUUUACAAUAGUUUUUGUUAGAAACCUAGAAAUUUCAAAGGAAUAUGUAUGUCUAUAGGUUUUAAUGCUAUAGUAUUUGUAUAUGCAUAUAUUAUAUUUCCCCGCAGACCUUCAAUAGAAUAGAUAAGCUCAUGAUAUGAAUACAGAAAACAAAUAAGAUCUUAGCAUUGAUUGUAUUACUGAACUUACUAAAGUGAUCAUGUAAAGUUGGUUCAAGCCCUUUUCUCUAAUAAAGUGCACACCUAUUGAAAUUU